UUCACGAAAUACCAAAGGUAUCGAUAUAAGGUAUUUUUUAUUUCCAAAUAUAACUGAAAUGAUAGAAAAAUGGAAAGUGUUGUGUAAAGAAAACGUAAACCCAAAAAUCGCUCGUGUUUGUUCCAAACACUUUGAUUCUUCACAAUAUAAGGAUACUUUGUGGUUACGUAGGAUAUUGCCUACUUAUAGCCCUGUGAAUAGUAGGAAACUAAAACCAAAUGCAAUUCCAAUGGAAUUUGUAGAAGAGGCUCAGGCAAUUGUGAAGAAUGAUUUGGAAACAUAUGUUGAGACACAUUUUACACAAGUUGCUACAGAUUGUGAUACAUUGAGCUCUAUGAGUCCAGUUGCGUCGAGGUCAGAGAGUUUUGUUGCAUCAUCAUACUCUACAAGUGAAAUGGCAUUAUGCUCUUCAAGUCCAACUGCAUUGAGCUCAUGCUCUAGAAAAGAUGAUAAUUUUGGUUCAUCGCAAGUUUCUUAUGAUAAUGCUAAAAUACAGCAACUGAUACAGGAAAAUGCAGAUUUACUUUUGAAAAACAAAGUUCUUCAACAACAACUGGCUCGGAAGAAUAAACUUUUUAAAAAAGAGAUGAAGAAAAAGUUUCAAGAUAUGCUAAGCCCUUUUUUCACGCCAGGACAAAUCAAGAUGACCUUGAAUCCUAUGCAAAAAAUGACAGUACAAUCAUUAAGGCAUUUCGACUGA